UGUGGGGUGGGGUAUAAAAAAGUCCGCAUGGGGCGCGGAGAGAGUAGUCAAAUAUUGGCGUUGAUGUCUUCUGGAUACACGGGACGAGGACCUCGUAUCUGCCGAGAUGAAGCUUGCAGCUCUGGUUGUGUUGUGUUCACUGAUCGCUUGUCAGGGAGCGUCUCUGCCAGGAUUUAUCCCCGUGCAGGAACCGCGGGGAACAGGUUCCGUCCUCAUUGAGCUGAGAAGGAGCACCUUAGGAGACUUUUCGGAGGAUCCCAGCCUGUGUCUCUCCAUGCGAGAAAACGACGCCCAGCAGCAGCAGCAGCUCCUCUGCAACGACCGAAGGAGCAAAUUCAACGUGAACCCAUUCGGCCUCCGUUUCGGGAAGCGCUACAACCAGGGUUACAUCUACAGGAGAGCUGUUAAAACGGCCACAAGAGGUCCGUUCUCACCUGGCCAACCGGAGGUGCUGACCUGAAGCAAAUGGAGACUAGAGCAGGACCACAAAAAUGUGCCAUGUGAUAAGUAGAAAGGAAAACACGUGAUUUAUCUUUGUACUUAUUAAACA